CCCGCCGUGCGCGCCCCCGCCCCGCCGCGCGCUGUGCGCGCCGCCGCUCCCCGCGCGCCGCCGCCGCCGUCCCCGCCCGGGCCGGAGGGGUCUUCGCAGGCCCCGAUAGUGGUGGCUGCCGCAAGUGCCUGCGCGGGCUGUCUGGCGGCUCGGCCGCGGCCGGAGCGGGGCAGGGGAGGCGGGAGGAGGGGGAGCCGCCGUGGCAGCAGGCGCUCGGCAGGGCAACACUGCCAAGCGAAGGCCCCCGCGGGCAGCCCGUCGCCCCUGGCAACGGGCGAAGCGGCGGCGGGACCGGGCCGGGUCGGGGUCAGGGUCCGGGUCAGGGUCCAGGGGCCGCUCGGCGCCAUGGCCGCGCAGGUGGUGGUGGUGGGAUCCUGCAUGACCGACCUGGUCAGCCUUACUACACGAUUGCCAAGAGCUGGAGAAACUGUCCUUGGACAUAAGUUUUUCAUUGGUUUUGGUGGGAAGGGAGCCAACCAGUGUGUCCAGUCUGCUCGACUUGGGGCCAACACCUCGCUGAUCUGCAAGGUUGGGAAGGAUUCCUUUGGCAAUGAUUAUGUUGAAAAUUUGAAGAAGAAUGGUAUUUCUACAGCAUUUGUAGAUCAGACUACAGAUGCUGCUACUGGAACUGCUUCAAUAAUUGUCAACAGUGAAGGACAGAAUGUUAUUGUCAUAGUCCCAGGAGCCAACCUGCUUUUAAAUUUUGAAGACCUGAAGAGGGCUUCUGAUGUCAUCUGUAAAGCCAAAGUGCUUGUUUGCCAGCUAGAAAUAACCCCUGCUGUUUCUCUUGAAGCUCUGAAAAUGGCACGUGCCAGUGGAGUAAAGACUUUAUUUAAUCCAGCUCCAGCCCUUGCUGACCUAGAUCCACAGUUUUAUAUCUAUUCUGAUAUCUUCUGCUGCAAUGAAACUGAGGCAGAAAUUUUAACGGGCAUCCCAGUUGGCAACCUUGAAGAUGCUGAAAAGGUGGGACGCAUGCUGUUAGAAAGAGGGUGUAAGCUUGUAAUUGUUACUCUUGGAGCAGAAGGCUGCAUGAUGAUAUCAGUAGAAGAACCCAUUCCAAAGCACGUUCCUGCUGGGAAGGUCAGGGCUGUGGACACUACGGGAGCUGGAGACAGUUUUGUGGGAGCACUGGCCUUCUACCUGGCUUACUAUCCCAAGUUAUCCAUGGAGGAAAUGAUCAGGAAGUCUAACUGCAUCGCAUCAGUAAGUGUCCAGGCAUCAGGGACACAAUCUUCAUAUCCUUACAGGAAGGACUUGCCUCAGGACCUUUUCUAAUUGAUUGUCUAGAUCACUGUGCUGAUUUUAUCUCAUACCAGACAGCAUUAUUCUCCUAACUGCAAGGAUGUUCUCCUCUGCUGACUGGAAAGGCCAGAAAAGUCUCUUUGCUUCUUAUUUCAGGAAUCCUGUGUUCCUGUUCUACAGUAGUAAGAUGGGGUGGGGGUGGUGGGUCUUUCAAACACAGCACAGCAGGUCUCUCUGGCCCCACACAGCCUUUGGGCUUGUGGCUGUCCCACACAAUGCACUGUACUGAACUACAUGAAGUUUACAGCAAAACACCUGGAGGGUACUGGGCUCCUGGCAGUAUUUUUACUGAUUUUAUCAGAACUUCUGAUGGGCAAUGGCAGCACAUGAAGCAGAGUGUUAGCUUUGAGACUGCAACUUCAGUACUCAGCUGCAGACGCCAAGGCCAGCAUGCGGCUCUCAACAAAGCACCGUCCGUCAAGCCCGGGCACGUCUAUGCCCGCUCGCCUCAGAUGCAGCACUGUACCUCCCCACAUUCUGGAAGGUGGAGGAAGGUCCCUCCAAAUGAAUAGAGGACAAGAGUGCUACUGGAGGCAGAUUUUGAAAAAUGUUUCUAGCCAUAUUGUUCUAAACACAGGCAAGCUAAUUAAGGAAGAAAAGCUUCCAAAAACAUCAGAGAAGUAUUUUGGUUUCGUCAUGUUUGACAAAAACCCAGGAGUGAAAAAUCCAUCCUACUAACCUGGCUGAAAAUAAUAUAGCCCUUUUAGCCAUGGUCAUAGCUUAUCCAAAAACUCAUCUUACGUGACUAGGUUCUCAUUGCUUUUUUUCCUCAGAAGGAGCUGGUGCAACAUUACCCCUCCAAGGAAUGACACCAGCUUAUGGUCACUACUGUCACAUCUGUGGCUGGUAGGUUAGAAAAACUUGCAAUCCUGCCAUUGAAUUCCUGCUGUGGAAAAUGUUAAUUUUUAUUGCUUUAUAAAACAAUAGUUCCUUUGAAGAUUACAGCCUCUUUCACAAUGGAAAACACAGACAAUGGGAUUUGCUAUUUAAUUUUUUUUUUAAUUGAGUACUGUAAAAAUAACUCAAAAGAUAAAUAAAUGUUACUGUGAUGAUCUA